UAUAACUUUACCAUCCGUAAACAUCUCACAAUAGAAAAUCUCAAACACUUUCAAAGCAAAAAAUAAAAAGAAUUAGAAUUGGGUUGUUGCAGUUGCUUAAGUUAUAAGACAUGAAGUUCAUCAUUACAUUACUGGUCAUUGCUUUUGUCAUGUCGUCUCUGGCCUCGACCAAAGCAAUGGAUGUUGGAGUUUCGAGGGAAGAUGAGAAAGUGGCUUGUGUCGUGACAGAUCUUCAAGUAUGCCUACCAGCGUUAGAAACCGGAAGGCCACCAUCUACAGAAUGUUGUAGAAACUUGAAAAAACAACAGUCGUGUCUAUGUGAUUACAUGAAAAACCCAUCUAUUGAUAAGUAUCUUAAACCUGCUAGAAAAGUUUUCCAUGCUUGUGGUAUGCUUUAUCCUAGUUGUUGAAUUUUCAAAUGUUUAUAGAAUAAUUACCAAUGUUAAAAGUUGAAGUUAUCAAAAUCUUGUGUAAUAAUGUUGAUCAUUGG